CAGACGGAGAAGGAAACUGGUACGCCUUUCCCGAUUCCCUCCCUCCAAACCUAAACACUCAAGAUUAGGUUUCCGAAUGUUCUGGUGAUCGAUCCUCUCCCUAUCCUUGUUGCUUGAUAUUGACGGCUUCUGUUGUUGUAAGAAUAGAGUAUUGUGAGGGUUUCCGGAAGAUGAAUCGCCGGUCGUCCGUUUCGUCUUAUACGUCGGCAGCGAUGGCCUCGUCGAAGAGAACAGAGGCGAUGGAGGUUUCAGCCAGGUUUACGGCUGCCAGAGCGGCGCAGGGGAAGAAGAGGGUCGCUCUUCGGGAUAUCAGCAAACAGAGCAAUGUGUUACGCGGUACUCCUAGCCUAGUAGGCGCUAAGGGGGCCAAUACCAAUGCUACAAGAUCAAUUUCAAUGGUCAAGAAGGGGUCUUGCACUACUUAUUGUGAUUCAAGAUUGAGUCAAACCUCUUCAGUUCUUUCAGCUGCUAUCAAACCAAAUGCUAUUGAAUCUAGCAACAAAAGUUCCCUGCCACACAGCAGUGUGUCUAAACCUGCAGUUGUUACCUGGCUAGUACCUUGCACUGCCCUCAAGUCACCUAACUUUUCUGGGGAUUCUGUUUCAUCAAUGUCCACAUGCAACUCAAUUCAAAGCCCUGAAUUUGAGUAUAUAGACAAUGGAGAUUCUCAGGCUACAACUUCUUUGGAGAGGCAAGCAAAUGAGGAUCUAAACAUCUCUGAGCAUGUAGCUGUAGCAGAGUCAAAAUCAAAGAGUAAUGGUUCUAUGCUGAUGGAAGUUGAAGUUGUGGAAGUUGAUACAAACCACAAUGAUCCUCAGUUUUGCACUACACUUGCUUGUGAUAUUUACCAAAAUUUACAGAAAGCUGAGGUGAUAUAUUCCUCUUUGUUAUUUAUUCUUUUUAUUCUGUUGUCUUUUAUCCUCUUUGAUAUUUCCAAAUAUUUUCAAUAAUUAAUGAUAUGUACAUAUC